CGUUCGUUUACGCUCGUGCGCCUUUGGGUCUACACAACCUUUCCGCGUUCGUGAUCGUUUCGUUUUCCCGCACGGCUCUUUCCCUACGUUGUAUUGUUGUUCUCGUUGGUUCUUUGCCGCACUUCGUUGCCCGACGUCGUCGUAGUGGAACCACCGCGAUCGAGAUUCCUAAUAUGGCCAGUGAGAAAAAACCGGCGAAGUCGUCGUCGAAAAGAGAGAAAACCGCCGAGGAGAUACUGACGGAGUUCCAGUCGCUCCGAAAUGAGCAAAGGAUCCUAGCGAACAAACUGUCCGAGAUGGAGAUGGAGUUGAAUGAGCACAAAAUUGUUAUCGACACGUUAAAGAAUGUGGAUCCCAAGAGGAAGUGCUACAGAAUGAUCGGCGGACUUCUGUGCGAGCGCACGGUAGAGGACGUGAUGCCUGCUCUGGUGACGAAUAAAGAACAGUUGAUGAAAGUGAUAGAUGCUUUGAACGACCAGGUAACAAAAAAAGGAAUCGAAAUAAACGAGUAUAAGGAAAAGCACAACAUCAGAAUCAGAGGGCAGGAUGAUUUACAGCAGCAGCAGGAAGAGGACAACAACAAUAAAGAAGACAAGAGGAAGGCGAUUGUUGUAAAUCCCAUUGAGAUUUAAGAGUAAUAAAUAUAAGCGUUUUUUUUUUAAUAUUACAUAUUAAGGUAAUAAAUAUUACAUAUUGAGAUGUGCGUGGAGUUCAGGUUGAAAAGUUUAACUUUUGAGUUGAGCACAUUUUGAAAUUAGCUAUCACAUUUUUUAUUUAUUGCGCGAUCCCAAUGUAUAUGUCACAGCGCUUUGUGUGAUGCUAAGCAUAUUACUAUAUUUGAUCAAAAAAAGAUAAAAAUAGUCUGACAUCUUACAUAAAUUAGGUUCGUACAAUUCUGCGAGGUUUCUCAAUCACUUGUAUCUCUUCAUCAAAAGUGAAAUAAUAAUGUAACGUUCAUACAUUUAUCCACUGUAAGCAACUUUCCGUAUUUAAGUGACGCAUUUGUGUAUCGUUUUAAUUUACAUAAAAAGAGAAUCUUAUAUGC